GCCCUCUCCCUCAGGCAGCGGGGCACGACAUGGCGGCGGGACGGGCUCUGCCGCGGCUGCUGCCGGUGCUGCUGCUGCCGGUGCUGCUCCAGCCGGUGGCUGCCGUGUGGCCGCGGCCGCAGGUCCAGCGCUCCCCGCCCGGCGGUGGCCGCUGCCUGCUGCCGCCCGCCCGGUUCCGCUUCGGCCACGCCGCGGGCUCGGCCGUGGGGCCGGGCUGCACCGUGCUGGAGGCGGCGUUCCAGCGGUACCGGGCGCUGCUCUUCGCCGCCGCCCGCCCGACCGGGAAUGGAGCUGACCCCUUCACAGAGAACCCAUCCCAGGACUUGCCCUGCACUCAGCUCCUCGUCUUUGUGGCCACACCAGACUGUGAUGGGUUUCCCAACCUGGACUCCAAGGAGAGCUACAAGCUCUCUGUCUCGGAAGGCUCCUUGCUGCUUUCUGCUGAUGCCGUCUGGGGAGCUCUCAGAGGCCUGGAAACAUUCAGCCAGCUCGUUGGGAGAGACCAGAACGGCACGUACUACAUCAACAAGACAGAAAUCGUGGACUUUCCCCGCUUCCCUCACCGGGGACUGCUGCUGGACACCUCUCGUCACUACCUGCCCCUCAGAGCCAUCCUGGAAACGCUGGAUGUCAUGGCUUACAACAAGUUCAACGUGUUUCACUGGCACAUUGUGGACGACCCAUCCUUCCCCUAUGAGAGCUCAACCUUCCCCGAGCUCAGCAAGCAGGGAGCCUUCAAUGCCAUGAGCCACGUGUACACGGGCGGUGACGUGCAGGCGGUGAUGGAGUACGCGCGGCUGCGCGGCAUCAGGGUCAUUGCGGAGUUCGACACUCCGGGGCACACGCUGUCCUGGGGGCCGGGUGCUCCAGGCCUCCUGACUCCCUGCUAUUCAGGCAAGCAUCCUUCUGGGACCUAUGGGCCCAUCAACCCAGUCCUUAACAGCACGUACCAGUUUGUGACCAGUUUGUUUCAGGAAGUCAGCUCUGUGUUCCCAGACUUCUUUCUUCACCUCGGUGGUGACGAGGUGGACUUCACGUGCUGGAAAUCCAAUCCAGAAAUCCGUGCCUUCAUGAAGCAGAUGGGCUUUGGUGAAGAUUACAGAAAACUGGAGUCAUUCUACAUCCAGAGGCUCCUGGACAUUGUCUCUUCCCUUGGCAAAGGUUCUAUCCUCUGGCAGGAGGUGUUUGACAAUGGAGUGAAGCUGAGGCCAGACUCCAUCAUCCACGUGUGGAAGGCCUCCAAGCCGUACAUGGAGGAGAUGGCAGAUGUCACCAAGGCUGGCUACCACGCUCUGCUCUCUACCCCCUGGUACCUCAACCGCAUCUCCUACGGGCAGGACUGGAUGGCAGCCUACCAAGUGGAGCCCUUGAAGUUCGAAGGCAGUGCUAAACAGAAGGAUCUGGUGAUCGGUGGAGAGGCCUGCAUGUGGGGUGAAUACGUGGACGUCACUAACCUGACCCCCAGGCUCUGGCCGAGAGCCGGGGCUGUGGCCGAGCGACUGUGGAGCAACGCGAGCGUGAGGAGCCUGCAGGACGCCUACGUGCGGCUGGCGGCCUUCCGCUGCCAGCUCCUGGGGCGCGGGGUCCAGGCGCAGCCGCUCUAUGUUGGAUACUGUGAAAAUGAAUUUGGUGGGUUCUGAAGCAUGAGUCCCACUGCCCUCGCUCUGCACACGCCGGAGGAGUGAUGGUUCUGCCUCAAGAGCUGCUGGUUGGGCUUAGCCCCUCCUGCCCCAGCUUCUGCUCUUACUUUGUUGCAAUGAACGUUUCUGUCCCUUUAGCGUGCACCCUUUGCCUCUUUCUAUUUUUAUUCUUUAAAUCUAUAAAUAAAUGACCCAAAGAGGGAAAA